AUGCCAGGCCCCCAGCGUUGCAUCAUCAUGGUGCUGCUGGCAUUUGCUAUCUCAAUGUGUCGUGACAGCUGGGAAAUAGGGACUUCAGUGGCUGGGACAUGCUUAUGUCCUUUCUUUUUGGACAUUGAGGGUUCAGAUUCAGGCGAAGUAGUAAGGGGUGGAAUUACAGGCUUAUGCCUCAGCAUGGGAGUAGCUGCUAAAGAAACUAAUGGGUUCAGGUCAAAGGAGCAGAACGGGAUAGGUCUCCCCCAACAAGUGUGGGUAUAUCGGCCAAGUUACGCCGGUAGCCGACCUGUAAGAGAGACAUGCACUCAGCUGCAUAUUCAUCACAGGCACUGGUCUUAUAAAGGUCUUUGGGUAUUGGAUAUUCAGCAGCAGGCAGUGGUGAGGGCACACAUCGGGUCGAAGUCCCAGCCCAACUGUACCGUUUCUGACAUCGCUUUAGCGCCGAUUGAGGGGGUGUAUGAGCGCAGACAGCGAGAUCUGAGGGUCGGUGUCUCCACGGACAAGCCCCAAAUCCUCACACAGAAUAUACAGAACAGCCUGGAGAAACCGUUACUCUAUGUAGACAGUGUACUCAGAGGGCUGGGUUGA